AUGCCGAUGCGCCUUUGCCUCGUUCUCACACAUGUACAGUGCUGCAUUUGGUGCAUUCCACCUUCCGGCCUGCAGCCAACGCCCACGAGCUGCAGCUGCGUAGUAUGCAUUAUUAUUGAUCCACCCUACGUGCCGGAGACGUGCACACCUGAAACGCAAUCUCUGCCACUGUCGUAUUAUUGUGUAUUGUGCGAGGCGAGGCGAGGCGAGUCCGCCGAACGGCAUCGCCAUCUGCCUCCCGCUCGCGCCCGACCAUACAACAUUCGCCCAUUGUUACCGGCGUGGAACUCUCGUGUGCCUUGCUUCAGCGUGCGGACGGAUUACGUCAGAAACGCCAUGCUACCCUCAUCCUGGCAGAAGAGGAGCUCCGCUGCGUCUGGAUGCAUGUACCAGCGGCAUGUCGACACCGAGUGCUAUCUGGAAGUCGCAUUGUUGCAGAUCAAGAAGAACAAUCGGCCGCCUUCCAUGCAAGGCGAGUCAAACAUCAACGACAUCUUUCUCCACGUGACGAAGCGAUGUGUUGGCAGUUUACGCCACAUGGCGAGCCAUCGAAGCUGA